UACCGCUGCCGCGUCAGUCGCGCGCCAUCCGUCGCGCAGAACGCACGUGUCUCUACGUCACGGCUCGCGACCGGUACACCUGUGCCUGUGUCAUCGCUAACACGUAAACAUAGUUGUCACGUUGGACAAGUGCAGCCAAGUGAGAUCGGAGCGUCGCCGGCGUUGAACGCUCAAGAGUGACAGUUGCAUUCUGCAGGGCGACAGGAGUGGCAUACCAUGUAGUGAAGGAUUGUUACAAUAAGUUUACAUAACAAAAUGGCUGACAUCGAUGAGCACGUGGACGACAUCGACUACGAAUACGACAUGACGAAAAUACCGGAGAUAGUGACAGAUGAUAUGCACGAGUCGUAUGAGUCGGAGAAGAGUUACGGCGAUAGACGGGACUCCAAGGAGGGUUUCGGUGGGGAGGGCGACUCCGAUAGUGGUGUAGACGGCGUGAGCAGUGGCUGUAGUACUGUCGAUGACUGUCCCGUUGUGUCCAUUAAUGAUGUCGUGGCGUACUACGACGACAUCCGGCCGCGGAGGAGAUAUGUGCCCCAACUCAACUACUACCGAGUGGAUAUUGAGAGGAUGGCCUUGGACGCUGUUGUUCAGAGCGAAUCGAGCUACACCUCUUCGGAAGAGGGCUGCGGCGGCGGAGAGCGCCACGCCGUGCUCAGCUACGAGCAAGUGAGGAGACUGAAUGAUGUUAUGGAUGAAGUGGUCGCCAUACACGGGCGAGGCAAUUUCCCAACUCUGCACAUUCGCUUGCGCGAGCUGGUGGCGGGCGUCCGGGCGCGUCUGGAAGCCUCACAGACGGAAGGCGGGGCUGGCAUCACUGUAAGGGAUGUUCGUCUCAACGGAGGCGCCGCGAGCCACGUUCUCACCGACCACCCACAACCUUAUUCUGACAUAGACCUCAUAUUCACCGCGGAACUGCCUACGGCGCGUCACUGCGAUCGCGUUAAAGCCGCAGUCCUCGGACAUCUAUCCACUCUGCUACCCGCUGCGACCCCUCGCCGCCGGGCCACCCCAGCUGGCCUCAAGGAAGCCUACGUAUCUAAAAUGGUUCGAGUCAACUCGGAUGGAGACCGCUGGUCACUGAUAUCACUGGGAAACUCGCGCGGCCACAAGUCCGUCGAACUUAAAUUUGUUGACACGAUGCGUCGCCAGUUUGAAUUCUCUGUAGAUUCAUUCCAAAUUGCACUGGAUUCUCUGCUUGCAUUCCACGAAUGCGCUCAGUUGCCAAUUGGAGAGAACUUCUACCCGACUGUAGUUGGGGAAUCAGUGUAUGGCGAUUUUCAUGAAGCUCUUUGGCAUCUGUCUGAAAAAUUAAUUGCUACGAGACAGCCUGAAGAAAUCCGCGGUGGUGGCCUGUUGAAGUAUUGCGCGCUGCUUGCAAAAGGCUACAGACCGGCGCGACCUGACAAAAUCAAAACCCUGGAGCGCUACAUGUGCUCAAGAUUCUUCAUAGACUUCCCAGAAUUGGGACAACAACGAGCCAAGCUUGAGGCAUACCUCCGAAAUCACUUUGUUGGCCGAGAAGAAGAGGCGCUAAAGCACAGGUACCUGACGCUGCUGCACGGCGUGGUGCGGGAGUCGACCGUGUGCCUGAUGGGACACGAGCGGCGCCAGACGCUGGCGCUGAUCGAGGCGCUGGCGUGCCGCGAGCUGUGCGCGCGCGCGCCGCUGCUGCUGCCCGCGCUGCCCGCGCUGCCCGUGAGCGUGCCCGUGCUGCCGCCGCAGUACUACGUGUGCGUGUGCGCCGCGUGCGUGCAGUGCGCCGCGUGCGCCUGCACGGCCUGCUGCGACUGCUGCCGCCCGACCCUCUGCCCGGCGUGACCGGCCCCGCCGCGCCCCUACCGACGAUGAAUUUAGUGCCAAAUGUAUAUAAUUAUAUGUAUAUGUGUAUACGCUACGUGUAUAUAGUGUGAGAUCGCUCGCGUUUACGCUCUGCGUCAAUUCGAUGUUGCUCACUGUACCCGGAUCAAUUGUUGUCAAUUCGCGCCCGCGUCCCGCCCUGUGGCGACUCCAACGCGACAUUCAUAUUCCACUAGAUAGACGCUUGUCGAGGCGUGACGUAAUUUUUAGUCGUACUCCUGUCGUGUUAAUUGCUUAACAUAUCAGCAGUACGGAAAUUAUCGAUCACGCGACGAUCGAGGACGAUGCGGCCCGAUGGUCUGCCUGUGAAAGACUAGUUAGUUAUUUUUAAGCUUAUGUAUAGAUCGUCUCCGAUAGUGUUAUGGCAUGUCUCUCUUCAUAAUGACCGCGCGAGCGACUGACAAACUCGACUCAUUCAUAUUCCUAAAAAUAUCUUCCGCUAUCUGGCGAAAGAAUACUGUGAAAUGUUCGGUUGUUAUCAUCAUUAUGCAAUGGCGUCAAACCGAACACACAACUGAAUCUUUCGUGAGAUAGUCAUCUGUAUCACACACAUUUACUCCUCAAACCUACACACAAACACGCACGCACGCACACAGACCCGAACAACUGGCCUUGAAACGCGACAAGGACGUAAACAUCCAAAUUUAAACAUAGUGAGUAAAAAACAGGAUUCAGACGCGGAGUUAGGUAUAAAAUUGGGCUCAAUCUUGAGUAACUAUUUUGAGGUCAAAGAAACAUUUCGUUCCUCGUUGAAAUAAACGACCUAUUUUAAUAGCUAUUUAUUAAUCUAUAUAAAUGUAUGUAUACACUUCAUUCAUAGUCAAUCUAGUAUUGUAUACGAGUUAUUGUAAUACCAAAAUGUGAAAAAAAAUGAAAAAUAUAUAAAAAUGACUGUAAGUCGUGUACAAUACUACGAUUAUGUUUUUAUAUUAAACACCAUAUAAAUAUUUUAAGAACAUUUACAAGUAGUGAAUUCACGUAACAGAGUACUUAGAAACAUGUUUUUUUAUUAAUUUUAAACGUCUCAAUAAAAUAAAAGCAGUAGUCGGUAUGCAAAAUUGUGAUUUAAUUGUUGUAGAUUUAAUGUUGUCGAUGAUUAUAUACCUACUUAACAUAUUAUCUAGUUAAAUUCGAUAGAGAGAUAUAUUAUUGUUGUAUUUAAUAUAGAUAUACGAAUGGUGUAAACAGUGUCCGGCCAAUGUGCAUGUCUUAUAUAGUUGCCAACGCAAAGUUAUAUGUAUACAAACGUAGCAUGGAUUAAUUCUAAGUUUUUCUAUUAAAUCCGGAGUACUCAAGUACAACCUGCUUAUCUUUAAGACACUUCGGAACAAUUAACGAUUUUAUGAACGAAUUUUUCUAUCUUGCUCACUAUCGAACCAAAAUUUUAGAUCUCAUUUUUAUUAGCAUUCAAAAUGUUGAUUUGGCUUGAUUGUUUUGUUUACAUUCGCUCCUGGUGUGUACGGCGUACCUGCGUUCCUAUCAUAAUGUUUCCAUUUUCUAUUAAAAUUGUUAUUAUAUUAUCUAUCAUAGAUUAUUAUAUACCAUAGACAUGUAGUGUAAAAGAAAUAUAGCUACGUAAUAUAAAUCUCUAUAAAUACUUAUAAAAAAAA